CCGAUGCAAGCCUGAUGCGUGUCGAUCUAAUCUAAAGCCAGUCCACCGCCAGCUGUUUGUUGGGGCGUACGACAGUGCCCGCUACAAUGAAGCCCGGGGAGCUUUGUUCUUUCGGGAUUCUAUUCGUCUUUUUAGCCUUUGUGCACUACUGUGAGGCGCAGUACGAGGAUGUGCGCUGCAAGUGCAUCUGCCCAAGCACCGCAGUGGUCAAGGGCUCCCAGACAAACCGCAAGCUCUACAUCAUGAAUGUACCUCCACAACGAUGCAACUGCGAAGGGGUGAUCCUGCCACAGGCAAAUGACAUCAAGGGCCGGGAGAGUGAGUUCUGUCCGCGCUGCAAGUGCCGCUACGAGCGCCGCAACACCACCACCAUCCGGGUGCUGGUCAUCCUCAUCAUCUGGGUCAUCUCCCUGCUCUCGGUCUACAUGCUGUUCCUCAUGUGCCUUGACCCGCUGCUCAACCGGCGCAAGGCUGCUGCCUCCGCCUACCAGGAGCAUGUUGACGAGGAGCUCAACCUGAAAAGAAUGUCAUUGGGCAUAAAUGAUAACGAGGAACCCCUUCCGGUACACCAGCAGCGCACCCGUCGCUCGAGCAGCAGUGUGCUCAACAAGGUGGGCCAGCAGCAGGACAAGUGGAAGCGGCAGGUCCAGGAGCAGCGCAGGAACAUCUACGACAAGCACACUAUGCUCAACUGAGCACCUCUCUCCUGGCGACUCGACGAGGUUUCUCUUUCUCGAGAAUGGCCCCCAGCUGGACGGUGCCUAAAUUGUAUACUGAGCCUCGGCUGCUUUUCCUGUCCACUUUCGGGUGUCUGAAGUCCAGAGUACGAUGGAAGCUUGUCAGAUCGGAUAGCUGAUAUGCAAUAAGCAACAAAGAAAAACACCGACCAGAAAAGCUGGUAUACUAUAUGCAUUUCUCAAAGACACAAUGUUUAAAGGGACACUAAAGAGUAAGACCGAUUCAUUUUAGACAAAUAAAGUAUACUUUCAAAAUUCUAUUUCCUUUGAUUUAACGGUAUGUGGUUGAUUACAAAAUGAAAAAAGUUACGGCCAAGCUUUCAACUUGUAUAUUUUACGCCAGAACCCUACACUGAUAGUCUGUGAUGCCAGACUUCAAAGCAUUUUCUUGUAUUUCGGCCUACGUGGUGCGGUCAAAGUUCUCGAAACUCACCAUAUUAAGAAUAUGGCCCUUUUAGAAUCCAAUAUCAAUCCUUCUUUAACCAUAAAGGGAACUAGUCCAGGACAAGGCAUCUUCAAAAUUCGUGACUGCAGAAAUUUCAAGGCGCAGUGCCAUUUCUCUUUUGUUUUUGUCUUUUAUUGCUUAUCAAGCUCCAUCUGAUAGUAAGGGUGGCGUUUUUGGCCUUAGGGAAGCAUUAUGUAUUCAUUAAUACAGCUUAAUUUAUUUUUUCUCUUUAGUGUCCCUGUUGCAAGGAACAGGCACAUGGUAACAAGCGUGCAGUAAAAAUUUUACUGCGCAUCUUUAUCUGAAGUCGCUUCACAUCAGGACUGCAGAAGAUGGGUCUAACUAGAAUGAUGCCAAUUUGCCACUGGUGCACAACAUAUGCAUGAGUCAUUUAAUUUAUGAGUUGUACUUAAAGAAACUGCUUUAUCGCCUCUACCUUCUGCUGUGAAUCAUGCUCCCAUGUGAGAGCAAAAAUAUUAACUUUAAUAGCUUUAUCAGUAGGUGUUUUCCUUCCUUAUAUAUCGGAUAUCUUGUGGACAAGGGGCUGCAGGAGCUGACCGUUAGCAUGCACAUCGUCCUCUCAAGACUGUUGUGCUCGCAAGGAAAUCUUUUCUUUGUGAAUAUAGCCAGGCACAACACGCAGAGUUUAAGUUGUACUGCGCCCGCUGCGCUUUCUUAUUGCCUAAUGUUGUUCUUCCUACCCGCCGUGGUUGCUCAGUGGCUAUGGUGUUGGGCUGCUGAGCACGAGGUCGCGGGAUCGAAUCCCGGCCACGGCGGCCGCAUUUCGAUGGGGGCGAGAUGCGAAAACACCCGUGUGCUUAGAUUUAGGUGCACGUUAAAGAACCCCAGGUGGUCAAAAUUUCCGGAGUCCUCCACUACGGCGUGCCUCAUAAUCAGAAAGUGGUUUUGGCACGUAAAACCCCAAAUAUUAUUAAUGUUGUUCUUCCUGUCCACUAAAUUUGAACACGAGGUACCCAUUACUUUUGGCAAUUAAAAUGCUCUAUUAUCUGCACCUAUACCUUGCACAGAUGUAGCAUUUCAUGGCUCCGGCAAUUUCAUACCAUUUAACAAUUAGACUUGCACAUUUGAGUGCUGUAAUAGUUUCCCAUCUGUUUUGUCCAAAAUAAAUAAGUAGUAUGUGUCGUCUGUGACUAGACGACACAAACUAAAAAAUCUUCCCAAGAAAUAAUUAUUGCAGUGAAAUUGUGGUGCCAUUUGUUGUUGUUGAAUGAAACACUAUACUAUCUGCAUAAAUUCAAACAAACAAAUCUGGGCAUACUGAACCGUACUGCUGUGAUCCUUGCAUUAGAAAGCACUUAUAACACAUGGAAAUUUUUAUCUCUAAUGAGUAGUUCAGAGGUUGUCAAAUGUUUAGUGAUAGUAUAGGUACAGUUGAGCCCCCUUAUAACGAACCUGAGCGUCAUGUGGCAUCCGAUCAUUAUAUCCCAAAUUUCGUAGUCCGUGGACCACAGCUAAAAAAAGAAAAUAGUUCCUAGACAAAACGCGAAAUUUAUACUCUGCAAAAAUCUCCACGAUGCUAGUCUGUUUCUGCAGUGCAGAUCCGACGAGGGUAGUCUCCAGUUUAUUUAAAACAGAAGCGAGCUCUCUGCCAAGGCCUUUGGCAUAGACAGGUUGUCUGAGGCCUUCUGUGUAGCACAUUGCUACAGGCGCACUUACAGGUGCUGGCUCCGAAGUUUCAUCGUCAUCCGACUCCUUUGCGUAGCUGUCGACCCAUACUUCACUAAUGAUGCCCUCGUACAUGCACAGCUCCACUAUGUAAGCAUCAUCAUCAGAAAUAAAAUCAUCCCAGCCAUUGUCAUAGCCUGCCAUGUUGACGUUGAAGAUGCACUGCCACCAAUUGCCAGUGGACUGAUCCUCUUCAGAAGUAUCAGGCUCGCCAUCUACACCGACCAAGCUGGCCUUGUGGAAACGGAUUCACACAUAAGCGGCCAUCACCUCGACCCAGGCUGCCUUCACUGUCUCAAUGGCUCAAUGCAGUGGAAUUCGAAGCGGCAAGCUGGCGGCCGGGUGGUGAACAGUGAUGAGCAAGCACUCCACACUGCUGCGCCUAACGAUGGGCACGUAUUAUGCCCGAAUCAAAGGGUUGCACUUUCAAAGGGCUACUGGGUGGCAGAAAAAGUCGAGUCACUGCCAUCAGAGAAGUUGGCGUGUGGUUUGCUUGGCAGUUGUCAAGCAUGAGCAGCACGCACCUGCCUCUGCAUGUUGCACUGAAACUUGCCCAUCCACUCUGAGAAUAAAUCUUGUGUAAUCCACGCCUUAGUAUGUGCCUGUAGCGCAUGGCACGUAGCUGCGAAAGCAAUGCAACUUUUUUUAUUUUUCCGGUUAGGAAGGUCAUGGGCUGGUCAUUGCCAUCCACAUCAAUCCACAGAAGCGCUGUAACGUGCACUUUGAUAUGUUUGCUGCCAGCUUAUGAGUCGCCUUUCGUGGCGUGCAUUUUGUCCGGCAGCAUAUAGUCAAAUAAUGCAGUUUCAUCUGUGUUAUUUAUACACGUCCUGCUCUGUGUAGCUUGCAAUGAUGGCUUGUUUUGUUGCAAGCCAAGUCAAAACUGCCUCGCCAAAAAUGGAUUUAAAAACAAUCCCAUGGUGCACUUUGAACCGAUGUAGUCAGCCAAUGCCUGGACUUUACAAGUCGGACAAACUUUCCAGGAAUGCGAAGUUCUUGGGUUUUCCCAGCAUUCCACUUAAUGGAAUGUAGCGAUCCCAUGUGUAUGCGAACCACUUGAGCAUAGGUGGCCUUCCACAGGCUCUUUGUCUGCCGAGUCGGCGUUGGAGCUGGCGAUCUUUUCCUUGCUCUUUAUAAUUGCUGAGGUGGUUGAUUUUGACACGUUCUUCAACCACUCUAUUUUCAACACCACGAGACAGUUCCGUCGAAAUUGCUCGCUUCGUUGCCAUGUCCAGCACUUUUUGCUUCGUGACCUCUGCAAGCAUGGCAGGCCUCCCGUCCCCCAUGCUGAAUACAACUCGGAUGCAACUAAAAGCGAUCGCACCACACACGCCGACAGGGAGAACAAAGUGUCGCAAUUGAUGGAGCAGACGAGCAUGUGCGACAAUCAAACAAGGAAGCGUGUGGAGGGGACUGCUUCCCCCUAAGAGUUAGAGAAUGAAAUUCCUGGACUUCAAGCUGGUAGCUGGCACUGUAGUGCACCUGCAGAGACAGGCGAAGGAGUUGCGAGUGAGAAGAGCGGAGUUGCAAGGACAAGCGGGAGGGUGAUCUUGGAAGCACAUGCCGACACUCGUGGACAGCCUGUGUCGGCGAGGAGAGGGUAGCUUGCUUGAGAGGGCACGAAAGGGGUAGUUCGCCAGUGAGGAGGCUUGGGAAAACUGCCUGUAUGCGUCGAGUGGUCGGAGGCCAUUGUUAUCUCAUAUUGCGGCGUCGGGUUUACGCCAUCCCUUUGCUGUAACCAAUUUGCAGGGCUCAAAGAAGUUUGUUGUACAUGCAAUUUUCGUCCAUUGAAAUAAUGUUUAUUUUGACAGUCGCGCAGGUUUCAUUAGUUUUAGGUGGAAGUUCAUCUUAAGUGGGGCCAUUAUAUGAGAGCUCAACACAUUCAAAUAAACCAGCGUAAGUAGUGUUGCUAUUAAUAUUGACAUCUUUGUGUUUCACUUUAUGCCAAUGGUACAUGCUGCACUUCACGUUGCAGUAAGAGAUGGCAACACUCUUCUAUUGUAGCAAAAUUAACUUUUUUGUCUUUCCUCGCUGCACAAGAUUUGUACUUCUGAUUUAGUGUGGGCAGAAAAAAGUACUGGAGCACCCAAAUGGUACUGAUUAAUGCAAAUGAAAUUGUACAUGUCAGCAAAUAUUGUUUCCUUGGUUUCUUACAAAAAAACCUAAGGGAUGAUACCAUUACGUCAUAUGGAAAAUGUACAGUCCAUAAAGAACAUUUUGCAUGUGUGAUUAAACAGUCAAUAUAGGAAAACACAAACAGCAGAACAAAAUGUGUUCUGCAGUUCUUGCAAUUGGUUGACAAGUCAAUAAAACAAUAUGCAAUAAACAGAAAGUAUGCUGACUGUUAAUACUGUCACGUUGCAGUAGUAGUGAAUAAUCAUAUAAUACAAGAAUUAAGUUGUAAAUCCAACUUUUUAUAGUGCAAUCUCUUGCCCUGAAAAACAAGUGGCACUCAAUGUACAGUGAUAGCAGAGUACAGAGUUGUUGCUCAUUGAAAUCUAUGGGUUAAGUGCAUUGGCUGAUUAUUGUGCAUUCCAGCAUAAUUGGUGAUGCUUGCAUAUGUAUGUUCCAGAAUGUACGCCACGAAAUCCGUCUUUCGUAUGCACGCAGUCUGGUUAGACAAGAUUUUUUCUGUUUAGAACCGGCAACAACAUUCAGUGAUGUUUAAAUACACGUAGGUGCAUCUUGCACCAAGUCAUAACAUUUUAACAGUUGUUUGUCACCGGAAAAAUACAAAAUGUGUGCGUUUGCAUACACUUCCACUCGUCAGAAAUAGUUAUUAAGGCUAUUAGUGCAGAUCAUUGUAAUGGCAUGUUGCUUCACAACAUGAGCAAAUUUACUACCUUGAAACGGUAAUCAUCAUUCGAAUAGCAUUAAAAUGGGGGCACAAUGAAAUGCUACAGCUAUGCAAACUUUGAGCACAAUAAAGCUAGUAGACUAGCCAGAAAGGUCAUACACUUUUGGUACUUUUAUUUACUCAGGAUUUGGCACCUUCUUCAAGCACACUUGAAAUAAUCCACGGAAAAGUGCCCUGACUGCAUGUCUGUCUCUGUCAAAAAUGUUGUAUCCGAACACGGUCGCAUGGCCUUUGUGACAACAUCCUGCCAACAUGCAAUCUACAAAGCCAUGUAUCCAUACAUCCUGGUUUUUGAAACUCCCAUGUUGAGUGUAGCAAGGUAUGGGAUCAGGCUAGUUAAUGAUUUGAUGCGAAUUCACAGUGCAGAAACUAAACAAGGACAGUAAGAAUAGCAGGAAGCAGCAGCACUUGUCUUUGUUUACCAUCCCUGUUUAGUAUAUCCAUUGUGAGUUUGCGUUCCAUCUUGAGUUAAUGUAUUUAUUUCUUCAAGUGUGAUAAACUAUGAAAAUGUGCUGCAACCAGUGGCUGAGCAGAAACUGCUGGCCCUAAAAUGGCACAUGUAUUGAAUGUCAACGUGCAGCAAGGUUUUAUUCAGAUGUACAUAGUGCAAGAUGAGUGCUUACGAAGGCGUGAUAGACGAGUCCACAUUUUUUAUGUUACUCUCGAACCUUGUUAAUAACGAAGCCACAGCUGACAGAAAUACUUUGUUAUAUUCAAUAUUUGUGAUAAGCAUAUACACAGUUGUGAAAAAAAAUCCAGGUUUUAGAUUUACUUUGUUAUGUAUGAAAAUUAAUUAUAUCAAGAUCUGACUGUAUCUAGUAUUUCAACAUAUUUCAAAAUUUCUAAGUCAGCUGCACAUAUCUGAAGCAGUUUCUCUUUCUACCUGUAAGCACUGAUGCCUGUGAAGUAAAUGUGGUAAAAAAAAUAAAUGCUGAAAAAGAAAGCAA